AUGGCGGCUGACAGAAGGAGGGUAUGCCUUUUCCACGAUCCCGAAGGGAGCAAAGAGACCUCUGGGAACAAGCUGGUCCGACGUCUAUUAUGGCAAGCAACAAGCCACUACUAUAGCAACCAAGCAAAGCAUCCAAGCAAAGAAAGGCUAACCACUCACAGCCACCUCUGGUGAGACCGCGCCACCAACUAACAACCAACCGACAUUUGGACUGCAAUAAACUCACAGGGGGCACCGAUAAUGCAGAGACUCAUAUGACCUAUAUGCGACAACGCUACUUUACCCUCUUACCAGCAUUGAGCCACAAAGCAAAAGUCUCUCCACCAAGCCGCAAAGCGGAACGGGCGGACAACAUCCACAAGGCUACAAGCGAAUGGGCACAACAAUGCUCCACAACCCACUGGAUAAUCCGGCGUCCCCACUACUACUCCUACCAGUGGAACAUGAACAUGACUGCAACCUUGAAUACCAGCGGCAAGCAUAAAAUACUGUCUAAAUAUAAGAGACUGCCAACAUAAAGGGGGUUCUUAGUAACUCAGUCGUUUUUACCAGCUACCAGUCAGGAAUAUGGGGAUCUGCACUUAACUAGCUAAUACUGUUGUGUCUUUAUCUCGGGAGGUGGGAGGCAUAGCUAGUUAAUCUGGGUCCAGGGAAGUGCUUGUAACUAACUGCUUAACUACUGAAGCACCACAUCUGGCAAGACGCAAUGUUGAUGUAUAGGCUCCAUCACAUAUCAAUCGAGUUACAUGUUAAAACUAGCCUGAUGCAAUUACCGUUGACAGAACCCUAUUACUUUGUUUUUAUAUGCCAUAGCCUGGUUUAUUUUCCUUUUUCUUUUAAGCUAU